AUGACGUCAAUAAUGGUGCUGCUCUUCCUGUACAUCAUUCUGGAUGUCAACUAUUUUAUACGCUGUGCAUUCACGCUGCUGAUGGUGCACCUGAACCAAGACAAGCAGGCAAUCACGGAGACGACAAGCAUCUAUGGCAUUUGUACGCCACAAGAUGCGGACAUCUUUCUGCGGCACAUGAACAACGCACGAUAUCUGCGCGAGCUGAACUUUGCGAGUAUUCAUUAUUAUGUGGUAACCGAUGUGUUCAAGUUUGUGCGGGAGAGGGGCGGCUCAAUAGUACAAAGCGCAGUGAUGCUGAGAUAUCGACGCUACCUACCAAUUUUACAUCCAUACAAGGUCGAGACAAAAUUGAUCUGGUGGGACGAGAAAUCCAUGUACUUUGAGCAGCAAUUUAUCUCCGUUUGCACUGGAUUCGUGCACGCCGUGGCCCUCUCCAAGCAUCAGUUUAUCGAUUUCAAUGUGUUCGAUUUGCUGAGCUCUUACCCCGAUAUUGCAAAUCGGCCGGAAAUACCCGAUGAUCUGAGGCUCUGGCUGGAGGCCAACGAUGUCUCGAGUAAAAAACUAUAUACAGACGGCUCUCUGGAACACGAAAAUUUUUACGAUUGUCGAGCAUCUAUUUAG